CUUCGACGUCACGCUUCGUCAGGCUACCGCUCAUCACGAGCCACCAUACCAAAGACUUGGGCCACGGCGGUCUCCCAUGCUGCUUGCUGCAUCAUGAAUAAUGAAUGACAAUGACCUUGAAAUCUGAGACAGGACCUUCAUCAUUGCUAUGACUCCAACUCGUCAAAAGUUGUCAUAUCUUCUUUUCUUUCUGGCCUCUAUAUCACUUGUCUUGUUGAUCCACACAGUCUCCCUUGUUCGGAUUGGUGAAAUCUCACUAGAUGCAGCUCAGCAGGCGAUUCCCUAUUCGCUUUUUCGCGAGUUGGACCAGCUCGCACGGGUGGUUGACGUCUCAUACUGUGUUGGAAAUACCGGACUUCGAAGACCCUUCGAGUGUCUCAGUCAUUGCGCCGACCUAAAGGGGUUUGAAUUAAUUUCAGUAUGGAACACAGGACCUUUUCUUUCGGACUCCUGCGGUUAUAUUGCCCUUUCCCAUCCUCCAUCACCAAAGCGGAUCAUCGUUGCUUUUCGAGGCACCUACUCAAUCGCGAACACUAUAAUCGAUCUCUCCGCUUAUCCACAGAGCUACGUCCCAUACGACCCGGGCAACAGCACAGGAGAUGACACAGGGAUGUUACAUUGCGAUAACUGCACGGUUCAUGCCGGGUUCAUGACAUCCUGGCAUAACACACGCGCCAUCGUCCUCAAUCAUGUUUCCACCGCAAGACUGCAAUUUCCUGACUAUGAUCUGGUUCUAGUGGGUCACUCUCUGGGUGGAGCUGUUGCUGCCCUAGCUGGGGUAGAGAUGCAGCUACGUGGCUGGAAACCGACCGUGACGACGUUCGGAGAACCCAAGGUUGGAAAUCAGGGGUUUGCCGAAUAUCUUGCCAAACUGUUCGAAUUACCAAGCGAAGCAACGGCUAUACCAAUCGAGCGCUACAGAUUUCACCGGGUCACCCAUAUCAACGAUCCUGUUCCGCUCUUGCCGCUCGCAGAAUGGGGCUAUGAGAUGCACGCAGGUGAGAUCUUUAUUGCGAAAGCGGAGCUUCCACCAUCGGUCUCUGAUGUCAAACUCUGCGAGGGUAAUGCAGACCAACGUUGUAUAUCUGGUGGGAAUGGUAAUUUGAAGAUUGCACUUGACAAAACGGCCUCCCUGUCUAUACACUCACAAAGUGUCAUGGCGCCUACCGUUUCGAAGAAAGAGCAGGUGCUGGCGCGCAUAUCUCCCUUCAAGAAACCAUGCCUGGUAUCGCAAGAUAAUGAACAACUUUUAGAUGGAACAUGGUCAAAAUUCCACUGGCAUUUGAUUCCAUCGCGUUUGCGGUUAUGGGAGUUAUUCUUCUCUCAUCGAGACUACUUCUGGCGGCUGGGGCUUUGUAUACCCGGUGGGGACCCGAGUGGAAAGGGUUAGUGACUGAUCAAUAACAUCCGAUUCAGGAAUCAGUCCCUAUGACUCUAUUGAGUAUGAUGUUUCCUCGCGGGACAAUCCUAGUGAGGUCGUUUGAAAACCGUCUAUAUCUGGCGACCUUCUUACCAUGUUCUGAAAAUGAGUUCUUGGUAGCUAUAGCAGGCUAAUAUUCAACAUAAAUCU